AGUUGUCAUGUAUCCAUGGUUGUGACCGUAAACAUGUAUAUUAAGAUACCUGCUUCACAGCUCCUGAAGAUAGUCAUCCUGGAGAAGAACAUGAGGACCUUAUAUCUAAUGGAUUUGUCGUGGCCUGAUGCCUGGGUGGCUGCUGGCACAGAGUUUGGUCAGAUGUAUCCUCAACUCAACCGAGGGAGAAUUGUAAACCUGGGAUCGAACAUGAAAUGUGGUGUAAGUGAACAAUAUUGGAUGACACAGAAUGGUGUAAAAAUUGAGCAGCCAAAUCAAUCGUGCGGUUCUCAUGCUGGCCUGUGCAGGUGUUGAAACCCUUGUGGUCAUUUUUCUUUUUUUUUUGGUGCUAUUCUAGUUGGAGAGAACCAUGUGUUCAAAAUUUUCAUAUCGUUCUCUAAUUAUAAAUCAAUCUAAUCAAAAUUAUUAUCUCUAGAAAUUCUUUUCUACAUCUGGUGGAUAAACUG